UUAGCUGAUCUCCAUGGAGGGCACGCCACAGACAUGUAUGUGUGUGAGAGAGCUGUGAAGCUGGUUACUAGUUAAAGAUCAGGUUACGUGCAGCGAACAGUGUAGACUCCAUGACGCACGGGAACGCGCAGCUCUAACACAUACUACUUUAAAUGGAGGAUCUAGGCUACACCCUGCAGCUAAAAUGUAACUAAUGCUUCAUAUCUGUUUAUGGUCAGCAGGACUCAAGUUCUAACUGAACAUGGAUAGAGGGUGGUUUAUUGGACCUGAGAAAAUUCCCCCUUCAAAUGAGGAGACGUCCAGCUCUUACAGCAGUGUCUCAAAGCCCUGCAUCACUAUCAACUUGACUGAAAUGCUUCAAGCUGACAAACCUAGUGCAGUAAAGAAGCCAAUUCCAAUCCGCCCCCCGAGCCCCAGAGUAUCUCUGCCAAAGAAACAAGAGCUCCACCGCAGUCUCUCCUGUGAACCCACACCUAAACCCAUCAUCCGACAACGGUCACACUCUCUACCUUCUGCCACAGUGAAGAAGAAGCAAUUCAGAAAUGUUGGUGUACGGUUUGUUGACUCUUUGGGGCUCGACCUGGAAGACAUCAAGCUUUUCAAAUCUGGAGAUGAUCCAUUUGUACCACAUCAUGUUGCCUUUCGAUUGUUGAUGGGUGCAGAGUUGGAAGAUGGAAGGCAUCUGGAGAUAUCCUUGCCGUAUUUGAAGCCGGUUUUUGCCCAACAACCAGGCGACAAGCAAGGAUUCCUGCAUCGCCUCCAUGAGCGGAAAGUGUGUCUGGAGAGAGUCUUGUGUUUUGAACUGGGUGUAAUCGGAAUCACCCAGGUCCUCAAUUUGGACUUUGAGAAAGAUGUCAUAGCUCGCUAUUCAUUUACAGAUUGGAAGAGCUGCACAGAAACUAAGGCCUAUUGGGUGUCCACCAUCACUAAGACCAGGGAAGGAGGAGAGGGUCAACUCAGUUGUGAUACAUUUCGUUUCCACCUGCCUGUUCCUCCAUUCCUACAGCCAGGAGCAGUGUUACAGUUUGCCAUUAAAUACAAAGUCUGUGGGACUGAAUACUGGGACAACAAUGACGGAGAGAAUUAUAAGUUAGUUUGCCAUAACUACAAGCUCACUGUGCCCAAAGAAUGCGAGGAUAGCAUGGUGCACUUCAUUUAGGAUGCAGACUAAAGGUAAAAUAAAUCUAUUAAGAGCACUUUAUGACUUUUGUCAGCUAAACCUAUUAAAUAGGAAUAUCUGCAUUGUGACAUAUAAUGUACAUUUUUGUGAGACUAACAGAGGAUCUCUUUGAAUCGAGUUAGAUUCAAGAUAAACUGACAUCUCUGGAAAUACUUAGUCAGAGAGAACACUAACACAAGCACUUAUGCACUUCUACCCGACGCCAACUUUUGUGCCACUGUUUUACUUUAGUAUUUUCUUUUUUUAAAUUGCACUCUAUUAUUUAAUUGUCUUGGCUAUUUAUUAGCAAAUGGAAGUGACAUUACAUAAAUAUUCAGUGAAAUCUAAAUGAAUGCACGUCAGUCCACCGUUUUCUUACAGCUGAGUGUCUGACAUAGAAAAAAGUUAUACAAUGCAGGAAUUUGGUCUGUGGAACCCUUUUGCUCUGUAUUCAGUGUUUAUAUUUGAGUCAAAUGUUGUCAAACCAAAUGCCAUAACCAUGUAAUAGAUACUAUUUUAAUGAAUCAGAAAUGAACACGUAUUUUGUUUAACAAUAAAGCACAAUUCCACAUAA